AUGAAUCGGCAAUUUCUGCGAGAAGAGAUUCAGAAAAUUCUCCAACGUUGGCACCAACUUAGACAACAGUUCGGUGACCAAGCUAUUAAUGUGCCGGAGUUUACUCACCUCAGUAAAAUUAUCAAGUAUCUCCAACAGCAAAAUCAACAAUCGCUUCAGAGAAAAAGCGCUCCACAGGACCAAUCACAGCCACAGGCACAACAGCAGAUACCUCAACAGCAACAGCAGCAGUUUCAAAGUCUGCCCCAUAUUGCUCAACCAAUAAAUAAUAGCUCAAAUGGUACUCCAUCUGUUCCAAAUGCAAUGAUGGGACAAGUUCCUGGAAAUAUGGGGGGAAAUACACAGAGGACUAUUCCACAACAACAGUUUCAACCACCGCAGCAAUCUUCAUAUACGCCUCAGACCCAGACGCCUCAAGUGGUGCCCCAACAACAAAUGCCAUUUCAAAAUGGAGGACCUAUGAACUCGAAUAACAUACCACCGACUAUGCGAAAUACUGUAAAUACUUCAGCUGAGUCCGCAUUUUCAGCACAACAAGUGCAAAUGUUGAAGGUUCAAUUUCAGGCGUUUAAGUUCCUUUUAAAAAGCCCAGGACCCAGUAGUCCAUUGAUUCCCCAGAAUGUCAUAGAUUUCGUAACAAAUGAUAGAUUGGCUUUUGCAAAUGGAAACUACCUACCGUCUACAGGUCAUCAACCGGCAAUUAAUACGCAAACUCCACAAUUUGCCCAACUGCAAAUACCUGGUCAAUCUAGGCAGCCUUCUCAAACACAAGGCUCAAUAGGGCCAAACUCGCAAUCGCCUAUGAUUCCGAUGCAGCAAAACAUUCCACAAGUAAAUAAUCAAAUGCCUCCAAAUAGUAUUCCUUUUUCAGCCCUGCAGGAAGACCUCCUGAAUGGUCUUAAGAAGCAAAACAAAAGAGGUCCAAAACCAAAAAUGUUGAACCAAGGCAUUAACUCUAAUACUGUAUCCAUUUCAAAUCAAUCACCUGUUCAAAUACCAAAGAGACAAGCAAGCAUCAAGUCUACCACGAAGGACCGUAGUUUGACACCAUCCACAACCAAUACAUUUAAUCCUGUGUGUCUUGAUCCUAAACCACCGGUGAGUAUUGAUGAUUUGGUUCCUGAUAAAGCUACUACGACCAAGACAAUAGUUCCAAUAACCAAACCUAAUGUUCAAGUUGAUUGUUUCGAAGUGCCGGACAUUUUGAGUGAUAAAUUCAAGGAUAUCCCUUAUACUGCUUUGUACACAGUUCAGAGCCGUUUUCAAAUUCCUGGGCUUUUGCCCGAAGGAAUUGAUAUGGAUGAUAUCAUAAAUAAUAGAGAAGCUUUAAUCAUACUUCAAAUCGAUCAAAAGAUUACUUAUUUACGUAAGCAGUUAGAUAAAUCUAAUAAUGAGGAUGAAAGCAAUGAAAUCAAGGCGGAAAUUAGCAAAUUGGAGUUAUUGCCUUAUCAAAAGGAAUUACGUGGAAAAAUUUUAUCCCAAGCUUGGUUUAGUAAAUCUUUAUUGCCGAAUUCACAUCCUAACUUCCUAGCAAAGUUCAAUAACUUGUCUAGUGAUAAUGUAACAUUAACACAUGAGCUUUAUAAACAACAGUUACAUUCAUUGGUUCAAGCUCAGAACAAGAAGCAUCAAAGCACAAUAAAGGAGAUUUUAUCAGCAAAAGUUAUGAGGAAUAAAAAGCAGUUUAGCAAAAAGGAAAAGAUCGAGAGAUUUGCUAACAAAAUUAGUAGUUUCCAUAGCCAAACUGCGAAAGAAGAACAGAAAAAGCUCGAAAAAAUGGCUAAGCAACGUUUGCAAGCUUUGAAGCUGAAUGAUGAAGAGGCUUAUUUGAAAUUAUUAGACCACACCAAAGACACGAGAAUCACUCAUUUGUUAAAACAGACUAAUCAGUUCUUAGAUUCUUUAGCGCAAGCCGUUGAAACCCAGCAACGAGAAUCACAUAAUAAAUCACAAAGAACUGUUCCAGAAGAAAAUGUAGAGGGUUCGAAUGAUGAGGAAAGACGUGAAAAAAUGGACUAUUACCACGUAGCGCAUCGUAUCAAGGAAGAGGUGACCAAGCAACCAUCAAUAUUAGUGGGAGGAACGCUUAAGGAAUAUCAAAUUAAAGGUUUGCAAUGGAUGGUGUCUUUAUUCAAUAAUCAUUUAAAUGGGAUUUUGGCAGACGAAAUGGGUCUUGGAAAGACUAUUCAAACAAUAUCGUUACUCACGUAUUUAAUAGAAAUAAAGAAAAUACCUGGUCCAUUUUUAGUUAUUGUACCUUUAUCAACAUUAACAAAUUGGAAUAUAGAAUUUGAGAAAUGGGCUCCAGGUGUUAAAAAGGUUACUUAUAAGGGUACUCCAACUCAACGUAAAGUUUUGCAGCAUGAUAUAAAACUGGGAAAUUUCCAAAUUUUAUUGACAACUUUCGAAUACAUUAUUAAAGACAGGAACUUAUUAUCUAAAGUCAAAUGGGUUCAUAUGAUUAUUGAUGAAGGGCAUCGUAUGAAAAACGCCAAUUCGAAAUUAUCAGAAACCUUGACGCAUCAUUACCACAGUGAUUACCGUUUGAUUUUGACGGGUACACCUUUACAGAAUAACUUACCGGAAUUAUGGGCAUUAUUGAAUUUUGUUUUACCUAAAAUUUUUAACUCAGUUAAGUCGUUCGAUGAAUGGUUUAACACUCCAUUCGCAAAUACAGGUGGCCAAGAUAAAAUCGAAUUGAGCGAAGAAGAAACAUUAUUAGUUAUUAGAAGAUUACAUAAAGUUUUGAGGCCUUUCCUUUUAAGAAGAUUAAAGAAAGAUGUUGAGAAAGAUUUACCAAAUAAAGUUGAAAAGGUUGUCAAAUGUAAAAUGUCGUCGUUGCAGUCCAAAUUAUAUCAACAAAUGUUGAAGCACAACAUCUUGUAUGCGAGUAAACCGGGUGAGGGAGACAAGCCUGUUUUAAUUAAAAAUGCUAAUAAUCAAAUUAUGCAAUUAAGAAAGAUAUGCAACCAUCCAUUUGUUUAUGAAGAAGUUGAAAAUUUGAUCAAUCCCACCUCAGAGACUAAUGAUCAAAUUUGGAGGGUUGCGGGUAAAUUUGAAUUAUUAGAUAAAGUAUUGCCUAAAUUUAAGAAUAGCGGUCAUAGAGUUUUGAUUUUCUUUCAAAUGACUCAAAUUAUGGAUAUCAUGGAAGAUUUCUUAAGGUUACGAGGCAUGAAAUAUAUGAGAUUAGAUGGUGGUACAAAAGCAGAUGAUAGAACUGGAUUACUUAAGUUAUUUAACGCCCCAGAUUCGGACUAUUUCUGUUUCUUAUUAUCAACUAGAGCAGGUGGUUUAGGUUUGAAUUUGCAGACAGCUGAUACUGUUAUAAUCUUUGAUACUGAUUGGAACCCGCAUCAAGAUUUGCAAGCACAAGAUAGAGCGCAUCGUAUUGGUCAAAAGAAUGAGGUUAGAAUUUUAAGAUUGAUUACAGAAGAUUCUGUUGAAGAAAUGAUUUUAGAAAGAGCGCAUGCUAAAUUGGAAAUUGAUGGCAAAGUUAUACAGGCAGGUAAGUUUGACAACAAAUCCACUUCUGAAGAACAAGAAGCGUUGUUAAGAGCAUUGCUUGAAAAAGAGGAUGAACGUAAACAAAAGGGAAAUGUAGAUGACAAUGAUGAUUUAGACGAUGAUGAACUUAAUCAAGUUAUUGCAAGAAAUGACGAUGAAUUAAUUGCAUUUAGAAAAUUAGAUGAGGCAAGAUCACUUGCAACUAAGGAAGCAAAUUACCCGAGUCGUUUAUUCAGCGAUCAAGAAUUACCUGAAAUCUAUCAAAAGGAUCCUGAGACUAUAUUGAAGAAGGAUGAAGUUAUUGAAGAAUAUGGCAGAGGAAAUAGGGAACGUAGAACUGCGCUAUACGAUGACAAUUUGACUGAAGAGCAAUGGUUAAAGACAAUCGAAGGGGUUGUAUCAGAUGAUAGUGAUGGCGAACGAGACUUCAAACCAAAACGUGCAAGAGGUAGGCCGCGUGGAAUGCCUCGCUCAAAUGAUGAUACAGAUAUGGAUGAAAAUGCCGAUUUACGUUCACAAACCGGUUCUGUAAGUUCUAAGAAACGUAAAGCUUUCAUAGAUGAUGAUUUAAGUGAUGAUUCGUCAACAAAGAGGCAAAGGCAAGGUACACCUAAAGCUUACGGCGCUCGCGGCCGUGGAAGAGGUAGAGGACGUGGUGGUCGUGGAAAGGGAUCUUUAUUAUAUCGUGCUACUCCAACAGUUGAUCCGUUGACUACUGAGGAGAGACAAAUGUUACAAGGAAAUAUGAUUAGCAUAUACGAUUCUAUCAUCAAUCAUACAGGUGAUCAAGGAAGAAAAUUGAGUGACUUGUUUUUGUUGAAGCCAUCGAAGAAGUUGUAUCCCGAUUAUUACGUUCUAAUCAAACAUCCAAUCGCUUUAGAUAUGAUCAAGAAACGAAUUCAAAGUAAAAGUUAUACUGGCAUUCGAGAAAUAUUAGAAGAUUUACAUUUGAUGUUCAGUAAUGCGAAAAUUUACAAUGAAGAGGGAUCGAUUGUUUAUCAGGAUGCUGCAGCACUUGAAGACCUUGCUGUUAAAAAGUUUGAGGAAUUAUAUUCAGAUUUGGAGCCUGAAGAGAUGAAGAAAACGCUUGAUUUCACAGAUUUUGAUGAGAUAUUUAAUUUAAAGCCUUUGACAUCAAAUUCUGCGGUAAAGCAACCAGUUGAGCGCAAACUAGAAGAGUUAGAUGGUGAUGAAUCUUUUGAAAGUCCUAUGUCUAUAUCUGGAGCAGAUGGGUUGAGUCUCGAUGAAACGCCACUUGAUCUUAACUAA